UAGAUGGUGACUGUGGCGAAGAUCAAGAAUGAGAAGGAUGAGAAUCGCACGUAAUCCUAAAUCGCUUCCAGACAGUUGAACUGUUCCACUGAUGAUAUGAUCACACCCACUCCCAAGUCAUGAUCAAAUUUCCUACGUCUAAUUCUGGAACCGACCAAAAUUACCCGUCAAGUCGAGACAAGUGCAAUAGUAGUGGUAAUUAAAACCUAAACUCUCGUGCAUGUGCGUGUUCCUCUUCAUUCAGAGUCAUGACUAAGAUUUACGAGUCCACGGCUUCUUUAGCCAGUAUCUACCAAGCUAGGAAGUCGGGAGAUUCCACGGUGAAUGUUCUCAAGCAACAAUUCCAAACCCAAAUCGAGAGGAAAAAGCAAGCUGUGCCAAUGAAACCCACACCCCCACCGAAUCCCAUGCCGAGCGUGGUGGCGUCGAUCACGCCCAUGGCUGGGGCGGUGCCCAGCGAGCGCGAUGGUGUCCGCAAACUGACCCGUGAAAAGAGCUUCGAUGAAGCACGAACUGCGGUUCAAAGUCAAAUUGAGAAGAUGUUUCAAACGGUGGUGGCCAAGAAGGAAGGCCAGAACACGCCUCAUCACGGAGGAGCUCCGCCCGUUGGCCCGGAAAGGCGCUACACGAUGCAUGGAGUUAGUCAUUUGGCCCCGGAUGAGGUGCCCGUGAUGUCACAUUUGCCGAUUCACGGCAUGUCUCUCCAGACCUUAUUGGAGAAGAAGCGCGAGAAGACUACAUUCAUCGAUCCCAUUGAAGAGGUAUCCAAAGAGAACUCUCAAACAUCCACUCUCCAAUCCAACUCGGGGCGCGACUCUCAGACCAUGUUACCCUUUCGGAUCCAUGAUAGCAAUGGUAGCACUAUCUCGAGACAUUACAGUAUUGACAAUCUCGCCUUGCACGAAGAAACAUAUGCCAGACAAAAAUAUACGUCUAUGAUGAACUUGUCCAAUGCCAUGGCAGGUCCCGGAGCCUCCUUGAAAAACUCAGUGUCAUCCAGACAUGUUCAAGGAGAUACUCCAGGUGAUGGCACUGAGCAGAUGUUGGAAUUUUAUGAUGAUGUUUCCACUCCUCCACGUCGCGUUUUACCUCCGGUCAAUCCGAGGGACGCCAGUCUCUUGCAUUUGGGUCGUAUCUCACCCGAAGAGCAGUUGGACAAGUUCUUGCAAUCGGUGGAGGAGGUCAAUGCAGAGAACGAAAAGAUUCUUAACGGUGAGGAAAGUCAGAUGCUGAUUCAAGAGCAGAAAUCCAAAGUCAAGAAGCAUGUACCACCACUUACCGCCGCCAAUCGAAGCAGGAAUCUUAGACAAGACUCUUCCAUUGUCAAUCGGUGGCAUUCCAUGGAAAGUGUGAACCCUCCAGGGAGGGGUACGAGAUCGAAUAGUCCCAAGAAAGCGGCCAUUUCUCAAGCGUCCAUUUUGAGCAAAAAGAAAGUCGAAAAGGCGCCUAAUUCGCCAUCAAAGAUGACCAAGAAGCGAGCUCCUGCUCAACCCCUGCAGUCUACGAACAAGAUUGGAUUUCGAGAAAUCAAUGGCCCUAAGUCGUUUGCAAGCAUGAGUCAGUUGGACAGUUUGAAAAGCGACUCCAUGGUUUCGGAAGCACCUUCAUUCUUGAAGAUGAAGAAACCCUUAGCACCCGCCAGUUUCAGCACUGGGAAAUACUCUGAAAACACAAGCUCAAACAAAUCCACCAUGCAAGGGGACUUAAAUAACAAACGGAACUCAAAGCCAAGAGCACCGAGAGUCCCACCAGCAUCGAAUCGGCCAUUAGGCCCUCGAGCCAAAUCUGAAGAAGCUUUAAAUGUUUCGCCCCGAUCGAUUGAUGGAUUGCACACUCACAACAAAAUGAAACUCGGGCGAGCAUCUAGGCCCUCGAAAGUCAUAUAUUUGGGUAGCAUCCCAUUGUCCAGUCAGGCGUCGGAUUUGAGCUCGCUUCAGAUCCCUCUAAAGAGCUUAUAUUUCAAUUACAUUGAGCAAAUCACCAAGGGUGUGGAUCCUUUGAACAGUUCUUUGGAAAUAACCGACACUGGUCUGAAGAUCAAUUACAUCCGUGAGAGACAGAAGGGCGUCCAAGAGAUAUUUAAUCCGUUUCCGACAAUCGCUGUUUGGGCUGCUGUUCGCUUUGUUUACAAAAGAAAACCAGAUUCCAAUGGGCAAAACAAUUUUCAAUUCGCUUUUUUGCCCUUGAUCAGUGAUCCAGGUGACGCGGAGAAGAACCAACUUUUUAGCCCCUUGCCCAACCAAGAUUUGAAGCACGCCGCUUCCACCGAGCACCCCUCCAUGUUUGCCUGUAUCAUGCGAAGGAAUGGACCUCAAAAGCGAUUGGAGUGCCAUGGAUUCGUUUGCCAUUCCAAGGAAGAGGCAGUGGAUAUAGCCUCAAAUCUCUAUUCGUCACUUAUGGAGACCAUGAGGCAGCAAUGGGAAGACGAAUCUUCACCCACUGAAGUCUCAGUGAGUACCCCAACGAGACCGCCAAGAAAAAAACGGAGAGGUCGUAAGGCAGUCAGCGAUGAAACCUCCAAUGCGGAAUCCAGUCGCAGUCGGAGAACGAGGGACAUUUCCAAUCAGAAAUCCGAUAUCAAACGGAGUCAGUCAGAGAAGUUCUUGAACGAGAGUCACGCAGGUCGCAUGCAGAGGAGUGCCUCUGAGCGACGCUCGGAUACCGACACUUUAACCCGAAAGAAAGGCGACAUCUACACCAAGGUGGCCAUGCCCAGGAGUAAGAGCUUCAUGAACGUCUCCGGCCAAUACAAUCUUCAAGAGCUCUUCAAGGAGCUUCGGGAUAAAGAAGGGAUCGAGAGCAUAGACGAUAUCCUCCGGCACGUGAUCAGCCGCGAUGGUAUGUCUUUUAACAAGAUCUCACCCAUGUACAGGGAGCUUCUCAUGAAGUUGGCCAUGAGCAUGUCUGGCGAUGAGAUGUUUAUCCGAUCAAAGAACAUCAUCAUGGCGGACAAGCUAAAAAAGAAUCGACAUUCUGGCAAGGAAGACUCGCCAUUAUCUCGCAUCUUCCACGUGUUCGGCCUUGGCAAACGUGGUAGACCCUCUUUGAGUCAACAAAGCAAAUUGAACAAGGCCGAUAUUGGCCAACCUAUUCCUCUCAACGAGGAGACAAAAACCCAGCUGACAAAGCAAUGGAUGAAAUCCACCCCUGAGCUGAUUCUGGCCAAGCAAGCUGUCAAGAAAUCGACUCCUUCCAAGAUCCCGCUCAAAGCCACCGACAAGGCCAGCAGCUACAUGUCCUGCAGUGAAUGUGAUUAUCAGAGUGCAUGUGGAACCCAAUGUGAUUGUUCUAUGGUGACCACGACAGCGGAUGAAUUGGAUCCCCCAAGGUCAGCCAUAAAAAAGUCGACUUUGCCAGUGGUGCCAACUGCUUCACCUCGGAAGAGGAAUCAACCCUCUUCCUACUCUUCAACAACAUCUGACAUAAUACCUGCAAGCAACGGGAGCUCCUCAAAAGAACUGAUGACCAAGAGCAGCAGCAAUAACAACAACAGCAGCAGCAACAGCAACAGCAGCAACAUCAUCAGUAAAAAGAAAAACCUAAGGCAACAACAAGCGCCUCCUCCUCCACCACCGAAGGCAUCCACAUCAUCAUCAGGUAGUAAGAAGCCCACUUCCAUCCAGCAACAAAUCCAACAGAUGACUCCAACCACGGUUCAGCGCAUGGAUUACUCCUCGUGCAGUUGUCAAAGUAGUAGUUUCCCGGAAAAUCGCGAUCACAAAGACGAGACGACGACCUGUUAUUCAUGCUUUUCAUGCACUAGCGACGAGGGGGAUUACAAUAGCAGCCAGCGUUCUCAUCACGGGAGCAUUGACGAUGAUGGACUAAGUGAUGGGUCCGAUGCCAGCUCCACGAUGUCGGAGCAAUCCGCCGCCUCCUAUUUAGGAACAAUGGACUCGCCACAAACGGCUUGGCAGCGAAGAAAUCUUGAGAUCCUCCAAAAGAAGGCACCCAAACCAGACCCCAUCGACUCGGAUGGGGAAGGCUGCUCCUCAUCCGAAGAGAGUGAUGGGCCCGAUGGCUCAUCGCCGACCAACCCCUCGAUCCGAAGCAUCAUUCAGAAGGUGCAAAUGGCAACAGAGGGACAUGCCGGUCAUUCGUCCUUGACUUCGUCCAAAUCUAGGAGUAUUGGCAAGGGAGCGGAACACGUGGACGGGUUCUUCCGCAAUCUCAAUAUGAACCCGGAGGAACAGAAUAAAGAGUUGGGCAACGAUUUCCCGGCAAAUAAUGGCACAAAGAGCUUCCGAGAGGUGAACAAUGCUAAAUCUGGAUCAAGAUUGUCAUUGGACUCGUUGUCCUCCUCGUCGUCGUCCUCGUCUUCUUCGACUGAGUCGUCAUCGUCGAGUGAGCUAAGUGUGGAUUCCAUGGUGAAUGGACGGAAGGGUCCCAGACCCGCGUAUUCGGAGGCUAAUAUGCAAAAUUCUUUGGGCUAUUUGCCUUGAUUGAUCAAUGAUUUAUUAUAUGUUUUUUAAAGUAGGAAUGCUUGGAAAGGAACGACGCUGCUGAUGAAUAUACAAGAAUUUCGUGA